UGUUGGCUCCGGGAAGCUGAGCCUUGGUCCGGUGGUCCGGCUGGCCCUGAGGGCGCUGGGUGCAUGUCUGCUGCCAAGGAUCUGGUGCUGCGCGCGCUGGUGGUUGCCACACUUCUCUGGGCAGCCCAAGUCUUGAAUGAUGGCUACAAGGAGAUCCAGGCCAGACGCCUCAAGACCGAGGCGCAGGGAUCGCAGAAUGAUGACAUCAUCAUGAGCCUGCUGUGCUUCGCAGGGAUGCUGGUCGCGCAGCUCUUCUUUCGGCAUCUCUUCGCGGUGGUGGCCCGCGCGAUGAUCCCGAAGAAGCCGAGAUGGUCCCACAAAGUCUGGGGCGCCAAGGUGACGCGAUGUUGCGACUCUGUGUUCAAGUUCUUCUACUAUUGUGCCAUGACCACUUGGUGCUUUGCCUUGCUGAAAGAUGAGCCCUGGCUGCCACGACUGCUCGGCGGCAGCGGCGACACCCGCUUCUGCUGGACAGGAUACCCCUUGCAGGAGUUCUCCCCGGAUCUGCGGCGAUUCUAUCUCACCGCGGUGGGCUACCACUUCAGCGAGGUCUUGAUGCUCUUGCUCGAGGUGAGACAUCCCGACUUCUGGGAGAUGCUGCUGCACCACCUGGUGACGUGCUGUCUGGUGGGCUUCUCCUACAGUUUGAGCUACGUUCGCAUCGGAAGCUUGGUCUUGCUGCUCCACGGCAUCACCGAUAUUUUCAUCUACCUGUCCAAGGCGCUGGUGGACACUCCGAACACCCGCGCGAUUGUGGUUUCCUACUUUGCCCUGGUUGUGUCCUACGUUUGGUUUAGAAUCAUCGUCUUUCCCGUCUCCAUCAUGAGAAGCGUUUGGGUGGAGAGCAUACAAGAGGCGAAGCCAGAGCGCAUCGUCUCCUGGGGCUUUAUGAACUUCGGCCUUUUCACCAUCUUCCUUCUGCACAUGUACUGGUUUGGCAUGAUCCUGAAGAUUGGCACGUACUACAGGCAGACUGGGCAAGCUCGGGACUUGCAGUCCAACCUCUCCUCAAUGGACUUUGGCGACAAAAAGCGGAUGUAGUCGCAGCGAGCACGAA